AUGGACAAAUCUAUUGGUAAUUUUUCUAAAACUAGUAUAAGUGAUUUGAACAAGAUAAAUGCAAUCAUCAGUAUGACUAAUGCUGGAAAUUUUACAGUGAAUGACAAUCUUUGUGUAGCGGUUACAGAAUCUGAUAAUGUUACUUAUGAAUCUAAUGAUGAGGUAAUUAAUUUGCAAUGUACUGAUAUGAAUGUUUUAUGCAAUCCCCCUGAGGCCUUAUCACCUGUUGAUCUAAAGCUUUGUUUUUCUUUUGGAUUAAGUGUAUUAUUGAUAGCAUGUUUAUAUGCCUUAUUUAAUAAUAAUUGUUAUGAAUUAUUACCUAAUUUACAAGAAACAUCUGAAGAAAAGGAUAAUGUUUAUGACUUUUCUUCAACAAAGGGUAUAAAAAUAUGUUCACAUAAUGUCAACAGACUUGAACACAAGCUGGAUGAAAUCAAAUACAAUUUAAUGUUUUCUGAAAAUCCUCCUGACAUAUACUGUUGUUGUGAAACAUUUUUGGACAUUAACACCCAGGAUAAUUUUAUACAAAUUCCUGGGUUCAUUUUAAACAGAAAAGAUAGACUAUUACGAGGUGGAGGUGGUUUGGUUGCUUAUUUUUCAGAAAAAGUAACAUUUAAUAGAAAAGCUGAAUUUGAAAUAAGUGACAUUGAAACAAUGUGGUUUGAAAUAAAACCAGUUCACAAAAAAUCAUUUUUAUUAUGUUCAGUAUACAGACCUCCUAAUUCACUAAUUAAUUGGAUUGAUGAAUUUGAAAAAGAAAUUACAACUGCUAUUAAUCAUAAUUCAGAUAUUAUUUUAGUUGGUGAUUUUAAUAUAGAUUUUUUAAAACCUAAUAAACAACCACAAAAAUGGCUAAGUUUAUUAGAAACCUACAACCUCAACCAGAUAAUUCAAGAGGCAACAAGAGUUACACCUGAUUCUAGUACACUAAUUGAUCAUGUUUAUGUCACCAAUAAAGAUUUGAUACUAGAAUCACAUGUUGCUAAAUUUUCAAUAAGUGAUCAUUAUCCAGUUUGUUUAACUAGAAAAGAAAAAAAUUCCACUUAUAUCAAAAAAGAUAUUCAUACUACCAUUUCUUACAGAAAUUUUAAAAAUUUCAAUGAGGCUAAUUUUCUAAGUGACUUAGCUAUUGCACCUUUUGAUAAAAUUGAACAUGAAAGUCACCCAAAUACAUGUAUUCAGAUGUGGUAUGACAUAUUUAAUGCAGUUCUAGAUAAGCAUGCACCAAUUGUUACUAAACGAGUAAAAAGAGACAGACAACCUGAAUGGUUCAAUAAUGAAAUUGCAUAUGCCAGAAAAAUGAGAGAAAAAUACCAUAAAUUAGAAAUGUGGUCCGAGUUCAAAUUUUGGCGAAACAGGACAAAGCACAUAAUCGAUGAAUCAAAAAGAAAUUUUUAUUCAAAGAUGGUAAAAGAUUCAAAAGCAUCUAAAGAUUUGUGGAAAUGUAUUCACAGUCUUAACCCAUCCCAACAAGAAAAGCCAUAUGAACUUUUAAAUGAAGAUGGUAUUAAAACUAAUAAUGUCAGGGACAUUUGUAAUGUUUUUAAUAAGUUUUUUACAUCUUGUGUUGAAAACCUGAGGACUGACAGAUGUAUGAGCAAAAAUAAUGAUUAUGCAAAAUUAAAUAAUUUUGUACAAAAGAAAUUUACUAAGUCAGAACAAGUAAAAUUUUCAAUUCCACCAGUCACAAUAAAUGGUCUAUUUAAUGAGAUGAUCAAACUUGACAUUAAUAAAUCCACCGGAUCUGAUAACAUAGGACCAAAAAUUUUAAAAUUGAGUGCUCCUUUCAUAACUUCAUCUUUAACUUACAUUUUUAACAGAAUAAUAGAUACAAGUACAUUUCCCUGUGUUUUAAAGAAUGCAAGAGUAACCCCUGUUUUUAAAGCUGGUGAAAAAUUCAUGGCAACAAAUUAUAGACCAAUUUCUGUACUUCCAGUUUUAUCAAAACUUUUAGAAAAGCAUGUUUCAAAACAUUUGUUUGACUAUCUUAAAAGAUUAGAUUUUUUACACCCAGCACAGUCUGGGUUUCGACAAGAACACUCUUGCCAAACUGCCCUUAUCAAUAUCAUAGAUAAAUGGAUACAGGAUAUGAAUGAUGGUUAUAUCAACUUAGCAGUCCUGUUGGAUUUUAAGAAAGCUUUUGAUGUAGUAGAUCAUGAUAUCCUCUGUAAAAAACUUGAAAUUUAUGGAUUUGAUAAUACUGCUGUUUCUUUUUUUCAAUCGUAUUUGAAUGAAAGAACUCAACAAGUACAAAUUGGUAAUGCUCAUUCUGAAAAACUUCAUAUCAAGUAUGGUGUUCCCCAAGGCUCCAUAUUAGGCCCCCUUCUGUUUAUAUUAUACAUCAACGACCUUCCUAUUUAUAUGAAAAAUUGUUGCACUGAUUUAUAUGCCGAUGAUUCAACCUUACAUCUUUCUGGUAAUUGUUAUCAAACUCUUCAGUCAAAGACAGAAAUCCGUACCCCUUGA